AUGAUCAAUCCAUUGGAAAUCCUUUCUCAGUUGGCUCUUCCAAUUAAGUAUCCUGAAGAAACCCGCGAUCUGAAGCUCAUAGAAAACAAGGAGAAGCUGGGUACUUCACCAUCUCCAGAGGUGUGUUAAUCAUUCACACUGAAGGCCUCUCCGACAUCCGAGUUUUUGACUGUGCUACAUUUAGGGCGGGCGAAGGAAAUAAAGCACGUUGUUGGGGCUGCUGUCUGCGCACCACUAGCAGAGUUUUCUGCUUUAGAGUCCACCAAACGUCUGUCCGGAGCUGCUUAACCACCUCAGGGUUCAAGUGAAUUUCGUGCCUGAGCAGAUCUCAAUUCGUUUAGUGUAAGUCUUUUUCCACCAUCUUCAAAGCUUUGGUGUUUUGGUAACAUCCAUGGCCCUAAUCGCAAAAUGCAAGUACAAUGUCGACGUAAUUCUGACAUUUCCGGAGAGAUAAUCCUCCAUCGCCUUGUUAAUCUUAAUCUUCAUUGUGUGAUUUUAUGGAAUUCUAUGAUCUAGUUGGAAUAUUGAAGCAAUAGUGCUUCUCAACAGCUGUUGAAAAGGCAAGUCGGCUAUGGCCACUGAAUAAGGAUUUUCGUCGAAACAAGCUUAGUUGACUUGAUCUACCCCGCCUACAUUUGCUUACAUGAGAAAAGGCGCUUGUACAGGCGACCCAACAACCCAUAGAAGAUUACCGAUAGUUUAUUGACGUUCCAGAUCAGCCGAAUUACAUGUAUGUCAUGCGGACCGGUCUGGUAUAUUUUCUCCCUGGGUGAUUACGCCCGAUUUUGCUUUUUCAUCACUUGGCACAAUCUUCUAUUCACAUAGACGGCAGUCUGUCGGAUCACACGUCACUUUGUGACGGUUUUAAAAAGCACGUUAUUCAACAAAAAGUGUCCGCACGUUAAAAUUCCCCCUCCCUCCCCCCCCCCCUGCCUACGACGGAACGCCUUGGAUGACUGAAUUUUCCCCUCUCAGUAGGACUAAGUAGGAGGCUGGCUUUUCCAACCAAGCAACGUGCAUGGUCCGCGUGCGUACUCAAAAUUUCUUUUAGACGCUUGUUCGCAUGCAGCAGGGAUAAGAGUUAUCAUCUCAUGGCUUUAUUUACUAGUUAAGCAGGUUACCUGAGACGGUUACGACCUCGGAACAGUCACAUUAGAUAAGUUUGCCGAUUCCGUGUAGAAUCCAGAAACAACGGCAUCUCAUCCAAUAAACGUAUAUUUUGCUAAUUUUGAAGUACCAUAGUCUAUGUUGGGCACCAGUACAGCCUGUUUUCUGAUAUUUAUUUAGAGAUCUCAAAGUGGUGUGCCAUUUCCGCCGGAUGGCCAUCGGAACUCUUACUGUUAUUCUGUUCGACUGCAGUUUGUGGUGUUUAGCCCCGCGGACGUUAAUUGAUUUUACAGGUCCGCCAACUUUCCGUCUCGACUCUGUUUCUCAUAUGUUCUGCCAGCGGCUGUGACAGAUUACUUGACAGUUUAG